AUGAGUCUCAGUCCCCUUUCUGCCGACCAGUGGAUCGCUGCCGUGACGAGGCCGCCGGACCUGCGACCUGUGGGCAUCGCACUGUCGCCCGGUUGCUUCCAGCCCACCGCCGCCCAUCGCGAACGGUACACUGCGCUCGUGCAAAGUCGCGUGGCGUCGCUCCUGCAGGACGAAGCGCAGUCGCGCGCCCGAUGCCAUCGCAAGGAACCAGAGCUCGAUCCCAAGCAGUGGAAACCCGUCAAGAAGGAGAAGCGCUUGACUUUCUACCGCCGGCGAUGUCAAUGGGGACAGUCGCUGCAGGACUUGGCCCGCGAAGAAGAGCUGCCCGAGAUCCAGCGGGCCAUCGAACGCGGCUACACGACGUUGAUCUGCAAAGGCGAUGUCAAGGGCUCGAUCGAAGACAUGCUCUACGGCAUGACAGCGUCGUGUCAAGACGACCUGCGCACGGGGUUCUCGUUCCGGAACCCGCCUCGGGACUGUGUCUGGCUGGGCACCGUCGAGAGCGCGACGCCUGCAGACCCGUUCCACACGGCCGACUUGAUCUGGGCGCUCCCGAAACUCCCUCCCGUGCUCGACCAGGUCGACGUGUGCUACCUCAAAGCCACGGGUCAAGCCCGGGACCCACAGGGCAAUCGCUAUGGCUACGUCCUGCUCCACAGCGUGCACAUUGCUCAGUGUCCAGCCUUUGACGCCCACGGCAUCUCGCGCGCGAAAAUGUUCUUUACCUGUUUGCUUCGCGAGCCGCAGCCCGGCGUACUGACGGUCACAGUGCGGGGCAUCUUUGACCUGAGCAAGAAGGUCCGGAUGCUGACAGGCCUCGUGUCUGCUGCGACGACGUCGCUCAUGGUCGGACUCUUGAACGGCGUGGGCAUUGGCGAAGCCAAGAAGCUGACGCUCUUGGCCCGUGAGAAGAAGAAGAAGCGGGCAACGACGACGUUGUUGCCACGUGAGUCCGUGUACGCGCGACGGCAGUCGUCCGUGUGCUACAUGUGCUGCAAGCGCGAGUCGUUCUUCGGUCGCGUCCAUGUCUUUGGCCCGCACGCCUCAACGUGCUACAUCUGUCGCGCCACUGUGUGCUCGGAUUGCACGCGGGGCAUCAAGCAGCGGGUCUUCUUAGGGGCCACCCGUCCAUGCUCGAAAGUCGACUGCUGUCCGAACUGCGUCCGAGACGCCGUCACGAGCAUCCGCGUUCGACCUUCGGAGCCCGAGUUUCUGGUCGUGGCGGAGUACUACCUCAACGAGCCAUCCGCAAUAGCUUCAGACAAGCUGGACGAGCUGCUGUUUGCGAACGGACUGAAGACGGCGACUUCGUCCACGAACAUACCGACCCACUCGACGUCUGUGGAAAGCUUGGGCGAGUACACACUGGACUUUGACGACGACCCGUUCUCCGUCGCGCUUGCUCGGCCUGAACUGCGUCGAAGUUCCGGCGAAGGUGGGGACUCUAACAUUAGUGGGGACACGGGCGAGGAAGUGGAUUCCGGACCGGAAGCCGAAGCGGGAUCGUUCGGCAGCUCCAUUACCGUCUGGUUAGGAGGGCACCACCGCAUCAGUAUUGACGACGAGGACUUCAUCCCGCAAGCUGCUUCCGAUCGCACGUACUCGGACCGGUUGUAUGCCAACGCGCGACUUGCCGAGCGGGUCGAGCAGAGACUGCUUGAGCUCGACAUUCGAGUGGAACGUCCCUACGUAGAGGAUCGAGAGGCGGCGGGCAUGCGACACGGUGAGCGGUUGUAA